AUGGAACAGCAGGGCUUACGACGAACGCUCCUCAUGGUCGUGACGACCUCCUCGGCGGGCUUCUGCCGGCGGGCAUGGACCGGCGGUCGCCGGAGCCGGUACGAGUCGUGGCUGUACUACAAGUACUUCCCGCACGCGGCGUCGCCGUACCUCCAGCGCAAGCUGCGCGCCUACGAAGCUCGGCACCGCCGGUGCGCCCCCGGCACGCCGCUCUACGCCAAGUCCUUGGAGCAGCUCCGGUCCGGCCGCAGCGCCGACGGCAUGGAGUGCACCUACGUCGUGUGGCUCCCCUUCGACGGCCUCGGCAACCGCAUGCUGUCCAUGCACAUUGAGAAGUCGUACACGAGGCUCCUCUACGCCAAGGUGGUCGGCCCGGACGCGAACGCGACGGCGGGCGUGCCGGCGUACGUGUACCUGAGCAUGGGGUGGCAGCUCAAGGACCCGCUCUUCUUCUGCGGUGAGCACCAGCUCGUGCUUGCCAAGGUCAACUGGCUGCUGCUGUACAGCGACCUCUACUUCGCGCAGUCUCCGUACGCGGUGGCCGAGUUCCAGGACGAGCUCCGGCGACUGUUCCCGGCAAAGGAGAGCGUGAGCCACCUCCUGUCCCGGUACCUCUUCCACCCGACCAACCCCGUGUGGAGUCUGACCACCAGGUACUACCGAUCGUACCUGGCUUCGGUGAAGCGGAGGAUCGGUGUGCAGAUCAGGAUGUUCAGCUACGGCUCCAUCCCCGCCGACGACAUGUACGCCCAGAUCCUCGCGUGCUCGCGACAGGCGCACAUACUGCCGGACACCGGCGGCGGCGGCGGCGCUAGUGACAAUGGUGUGCUGGCAACGAGGAGCGACGACAAUGGCGAUGGCUCCAACUCCACGGCCAUCUUGGUGGCGUCUCUCUACGCGGACUACUACGAGAGGUUGAGGUCGAGGUACUAUGAGCACGCGGCGAAGGGCGGCGAGACGGUGGCCGUGUUCCAGCCGUCGCACGAGGAGCGGCAGGCGACAGACAACUUGGCGCACAACCAGACAGCGUAUGGCCACAAGGUUCCCGAGCCGCCGUGCCGGCGGGCCGUGUCCAUGGAGCCGUGCAACCUCACGCCGCCCUGGGUGUGGAGUGCCGGGGCAAGCCCGUAG